AGCUGGGGUGAAGAUCUGUGCUGGCAGAAUGAUUGGGCUGAUUGUACUUGCGCUCCUGGGUGCUGCAGCCGCAGCUCCUCUGGAUGAUAAGAUUGUCGGGGGUUAUGAGUGCACAGCCCACUCCCAGCCCUGGCAGGCCUCUCUCAACAUUGGCUACCACUUCUGCGGCGGCUCCCUCAUCAAUGACCAGUGGGUGAUCUCUGCUGCCCACUGCUGGAUGAGCCCCACCACCCAAUUUGCCAUCCUGGGCGACCACCACAUCUGGGAGUACGAGGGCACGGAGCAGUACAUGUCAGUCGAUGCCAUCUACUGGCACCAGAGCUAUGACUACCAGACCCUGGACUUCGACAUCAUGCUGAUGAAGCUGGCACACCCCGUCACCGUAAACAAGUUUGUGCGGCCCGUCUCCCUGCCCAGGGCCUGUCCUAAAGCUGGGGACAUGUGCGUUGUGUCCGGCUGGGGCAACAUCUACACUGACCAGGUGUUUAACCCUUUCAACCUCCAGUGUGUGGAAGUGCCCAUCUUGUCCAACACCGACUGUGAGAAUUCCUAUCCUGGCCAGAUCACCAACAACAUGGUGUGUGCAGGCUACUUGGAGGGUGGCAAAGAUGCCUGUCAGGGUGACUCCGGUGGUCCGCUGGUGUGUAACGGUGAGCUGCAGGGCAUCGUAUCUUGGGGUUAUGGCUGCGCUCAGCCCAACUACCCUGGAGUGUACACCAAGGUCUGUGCUCUGCUGCCCUGGAUCAAUGACAUCCUCACCAACUACUAGGCCUCCAACCAAAGCAUCCAGGCUACCUGUGCAGGAGGCCCGGCAAACAGUAGUUAGAAGACCUGUGCAUAGAAGCAGUGAUGAUAACACCUGGUCAAUAAAA